AUGAGAGUCAUUGGUCAAGGGUUUACGUCAACGGUGUAUCUGAACGAAGAGGGUAACGUGCAGAAGAAAGUCGACUUGGAUUACGUUGUAGCUCCUCAUGAUCCAAGACGUGAGUUGGAAUUGCUGAAAAAGUUGGACCAUCCCAACAUUAUCAAGCUACUGGAAUGGGGCACAAAUAGUGAUGAGUUGGUGUUGACUUUCUGUUAUUACGAGAAGGAUUUGUACGGAGUAAUGAAAAGCAAUACACGGACUAGAUUUGAUAUACAUUCCUUGCAAAAAACUGACCGGAAUCAGUUACCUUCAGAAAGCGCCCUAACCAUCGUGACUGGUUUGUGUCAAGCAUUACGAUAUUUACACACAGAAAUGAACAUUAUCCACAGAGACAUCAACCCAAGAAAUAUAAUGUUUAAAAAAGACUCGCCUGAGCCUGUGUUGAUAGAUUUUGGUAUAUCGAUUGAGGAAAGCCGAUUAGAUGGAAUCUGCGAUAUUGGAACCAGUUGUUAUAGAGCUCCUGAGACAUUACUAGGCCUUCCGUACUCAUAUGGAGUAGAUCUGUGGUGUCUGGCCGUUGUCAUGAUGCUAAUAUAUUCACCAGAUUCCGGUGAAUUGUUGUUGAAACUGCAUAAUGAGAGAGAUGGUAACCGCGUGGGAGAUCGAUUGGGCGAUCUCGCUCUGCUAGCCAAUAUUUUUGAAACAUUUGGGACCCCAUCGGUGGAGCAAUGGCCUGAUUCUUCCCAGAGCGAGGCAUUUGUACACAUGAACUUUGUACAACACCCAGGACGACCCGUGGAACAGUUACUUCCUCGAUGUGACGAUGCAAGGGUGAAAACAAUAUUUGAGCACCUAACUGUCUAUCAGAGUACCAGCCGAUGGGAUAUAAAUACUGUUGUGAAUGAGCUAGAGAAGAAAGCAUGA